AGGAGUACAAAAACUGCGAGCUGGACAAAAACCAGCGUCAGUGUGUCCAGUAUGCACUGAAGGCCCGACCUCUGAGAUGCUACAUCCCUAAAAACCCGCAUCAGUACCAGGUGUGGUACAUCGUCACCUCUUGUUACUUCGAGUACCUGAUGUUUCUCCUCAUCAUGCUCAACACCAUGUGUCUGGGGAUGCAGCACUGUAAUCAAUCAGAUCACAUCACCCAUCUUUCAGACAUGCUAAACGUCAUCUUCACUGUACUGUUUACCGUGGAAAUGAUCCUCAAACUUGGAGCCUUCAAAGCAAAGGGUCUUUUCGGGGACCCCUGGAACGUCUUUGAUUUCAUAAUCGUGGUGGGCAGUAUUGUUGACGUCAUACUAAGUGAAAUUGAUGCGGCUCUUGCUGCUCAGGGUGGACUGUAUUGUCUCACUGGCUGUUCUGUAAAUAUUUACAAACAUUUUUUAUUAUUUCACAUCUACACGUCACA